CAAGGGAGACGAAGCUCUGGGCGGCGGACCCUCGGGGGGCAACCGGGCCCGGGCUUUGUGCGCGGGCUGCUUUCCAGCCCCGCCGCGGAGGGCGGAGCCUCGGCCGCCGCCAAAGUGCCCGGGCGUCCGGGCAGGUGGGCGCCAGGCAGGGCGCGCCGGCGACUCUGCCUCCCAUGCUCCGCUGCGGGGACUGCGGGGCCGGCCAGCCCCUCGCCCGAGCCUAAGAUGCGGCCGGGCCGCCUGCUCGGCGGCGCCACGCGUGAACUAUGCCUGGCGUCGGGGGAGAAGACGGAGCGCAGCAGCCGGGCGCCGGGGAGCUGCCCACGCUCACCCCGGCUGGGGGACCCCCUCGGGAAGAGCAACGUCCUCUGAAGCAGUCUCUCAGCAGCUCGCUGUGCCGCGAGUCCCACUGGAAAUGCUUAGUGCUCACCCUCCUGAUGUUCGGCUGCUUCGGCGUCAUGGCCUGGUGCCGCCUCUCGACGGUGACCCGCCUGAACUACGACAGCUCCUACCGAGGGGCCUCGCUGGUGUACCACGACAGCCCGUGCUCCAACGGAUACAUCUACAUCCCGCUGGCCUUCUUGAGCAUGUUGUACGUGGUGUAUCUGGUGGAGUGCUGGCACCGGUUCGCCAAGGGACAGAGUCAGUAUCGGGUGGACACGGCGAGCGUCUACGACAAGGUGCAGCGCAUGCAGCAGGCCACGCCCUGCAUCUGGUGGAAAGCCGUCAGCUACCACUACAUCCGUCGUACGAGGCAAGUCACGCGUUAUCGCAACGGGGACGCUUAUACGACCACCCAGGUUUACCACGAGCGGGUCAACACCCACGUCUCGGAGACGGAGUUUGACUACUCGGGCCACGGGGUGAAGGACGUCUCUAAGGAGCUGCUGGGCCUCUCGGAUUACCCCGUGACCAAACUCCGCUUUACGAAAUGCUUCAGCUUCGCCACGGGCGAGGCAGAAGCCGCCUACCUGACGCAGAGGGCCCGGUUCUUCGGCGAGAACGAGGGCUUGGACGACUACAUGGAGGCCCGCGAAGGGAUGCACCUCAAAAACGUGGACUUUAAGGAGCACAUGUUGGUCUUCCCGGAUCCGGGGCGCCCACCUUGGUACACGCGCCGGAGUGUCUUCUGGCUGGCCUCUUUCCUCCUGCUGUCCUGGCCGCUGAGAGUUUUGUCUGAAUACCGUACGGCGAACGUACAUUAUCACGUGGAGAAACUCUUUGGGGCAGACGACGGGCCCAGCCCGCUGGAUGCCGCGGGGAGCUACGGGCGGCGCAUCUCGCGUGUCAACACAGUGGACAUGACCGAACUGGAAUGGCACAUCCGUUCCAACCAGCAGCUGGUGCCCAGCUACUCCGAGGCCGUGUUGAUGGACACCACGACGGUGGCGGGCGCAGCGUACCUCCGCAGCUGCCAAAGUUGCCGCCGGACUGUCAGCAGCAACUCCCUGCCCUCGCGGGGCACCCGAGCCCUCUACGCCCGCCUGCCGUUCAGCUGCAGCCGCUUCUCGCUGAGCGGCGCCCGGCGGUGCGGUGGGAUCCUGCGCAGCCUCAGCGGGAGCCAUGUGGGAAGCAACACCGAGACGGAGCCGUUGGAAAGCCCCCCGUGCUACCAGGAUGCGUUGUACUUUCCUGUGCUGAUUGUGCACGGAGGCGAGGGCUGCGAGCGCAACGGGCACCGGCCGGGGUUAGCAGGCAGAGGGCAAGGGACCCCCCUGUGAACUGGUAGGGGGGGAGGGAUGGUGGAAACUAAGUUCCCUGGGAGAAAGGCAGUACAAGACGUCUCUGGCUUGUUUCCCUGAGCCAAGAUCGAACCCAUUAACCCAACUGCAAGGCUCUUUGGCCGACAUUACAGCCUUCUAAGGUAGCUUCUUUGGGGAGAGAGGAGCCCAUUUAGCCAAUAUGGUUCAGGUAUGGGGUUUCUUUUGCCCAACUCUUUGGUAGAGGAAGGAAGGAUUAGAGGGAAGGUAGGAAAAAAGCAAAAAAAAGGGAAGAAAAUAAAGGAAGGAAAAAAGGGAGGGAGAAGGAAGGGAGAAAUGGAGGGAAGAAAAAGGAACAGAGGGAAGGAAGGAAGGAACAGAGCAGGAAGGGAAAACAUCCCAAACUUUCAGAAAAAUGUGAAUUUUCAAAGCAGUGUUCUAAAAACAAGAGUUUUCAAGUCAGUAUUCUUAUUCAGAAUUCUUUUGCUGAGCUCUUCACUAGGGAAGGAAGGAAGGAAGGAAGGAAAGAAAGAAAGAAAGAGAAAGAAAGAAAGAAAAAGAAAGAAAGAAGGAAGGAAGGAAGGAAAGAAGGAAAUAAAUCCCGGAAAAUGUGAGACAGUUUCCCACAAGUGCUCAGGAACAUAAACAAAACAAAAAAAGAACAGAAACGGCAUUUAACCGGGGGAGGAAAGAUCAGAGGCUCAGCCCAAUGGACCACAGAACAACCAAAUUGGAAGGGACCUUGGAGGUCUUCUAGUCCAACCCACAGCUUCUCCAUUGUUCCUUUAGUCCCGCUCACCCUGGGGCAGCAGUCACCUCAAGGAAACGUGUACUCAGAAAGUUGGAUCCCGUGCCAGGCGCUUGCACUAAGGAGGGAUCGAAGCCAUCCCACUUGGGCUUGUAAGACACACGAGGAGGGGAGACCACACAGCAAAGCUCGAAUUGGAGAGAUGACAUUUUUAAUCCCCAACGCUGGCAGAAAACCCCCCCCCCCCAAAUUUUUUCACCCUAGCCAGCCUCACUUCCCUCCCCAGUAAUGUGGGUUCUUAGAGAAAGAAGCGUAUGGGUAGCUAUCGGGUGCCAACAUGAAUCGAUUGAACCUCCCUGCCUAGGAGCAGUCUACCUUGAACCCUAGGGCCAUGCGAGGGGGGCAGGGUGAGGUUUAUAUUGCCGGCCUCCUCCAAGCUUUCUCUUUACAAUUCCUAAUAUUGAGAUUGGUUUUUUCCAAAUUAAGUUCUGCACUGGCAAAGCGGGGCCAGCUUUGUUUGAGGCUGCUUUAAAUAUCCCCAAAAUAAUAAUAAUGAAUGAAUGAAGAAUUUUCAUACCGGAUCCAUGAACUGAAAAAGGAGCUGACAUUUGAAUGAACGAGCAUUGCAAAAACAUGGAUGCCUAAAUGUCCGUCCGAGCAGGGAAGGGAGCAAGGAGGGUGGAUGAGGAACACAGAGUAGAAUAGAGUACAGUCCUCCUUUAGCGACCAAAACCGGGACCAGCAAUUCAGUCUUUAAGCCAAGCGGCAACUUAAGUUGAAAUUGUUUUACUCAUUAUUUAUUACAUUUAUAGGCUGUCUGUCACGCUAUCCAGAGUCUGUCUGUCAAUCUCAAUCAGGCUUCCCCAUUGACUUCGCUCGUCAGACGGUCGCAAAAGGGGAUCACGUGACCCCUGGACGCUGCAACAGUCAUAAAUAAGAGUCAGAUGCCAAGCAUCUGAAUGUAACUCACAUGACCGAUGCUGCAACGGCCGUAAGGGUGAAAAACGGUCAUAAGUCACUUUUUUCAGUGCCGUCGUAACCUUGAACGGUCACUAAGCAAGUCCACUAAGUCCUCUAGGGACUCUCAGUUCUCGAAAUAAGGGCUAAGCAGGGUUUCAUCCUAAUCUCGUGUGCCGAACCCCAAGAAUGGAAGAGGAGACAACAAAGUGACAUGCACAACCCUGUCGGCGAGCGACCGAAUCGCUACAUUCACAGAACGGUCCAGUUUUCCUUUUAGGGUCUUAAGUGUGGAAUAGGACUCCCAUCUUUUCAGACACUGUCACAUCUCCUGCGUGAAGCCAGCAAAAGGGAUUGAUUGGCACCCAAAGGUGUCGUGUGUAAAUUGGUUCGGAAGCACAUCGGGCCCCGCCGACAGAAAGACUGGUGAUCUGGGUAAUCCCAGGAUCCCUUCUUCCGUUCAGAACUGCUGGCAGAUCCCCCCACGAGUUGCCUCCGAAGGGAGGAGGCGAUUUCGUCCCGCUUUCGCUCUGGAAAAAAAACAAAAAAGAAGCAGAAUUUGCUCUGGAUUUUUCAGCUAAUCUGUUUUUUUUCAGUCUUGACAAUUUCCCAUCUUGGGAGAAGUUGAUAUCAACUGCCCUUCCGAGGCUUUGGGGGAGGGGAGGUCUGCUUGCUGAUGGCGUGGAGGGGGGGGGUGUCCUGCACCGUCCCACAUUGGUGUAACCUUGGUGCAAAAUACUACAAGUAGUCCUCAACUUAUGACACAAUUGAGCCGAACAUUUAUGUGGCUAAGAGAGAAAUUUGUCUGGAAUGGAUUAAGGUUUCCUGCCUGAGCAAGGGGCUGGACUAGAAGACCUCCAAGGUCCCUUCCGACUCUUAUUAUUAUUAAAUUUGUUUUGCCCUGCUUUCAACUUUCCUUGCCACGUUUCCUAAGCGAAUCGCUGCAGUUCUUAAAUCAGGAACCCGGUUGUUAAGUGAGUCAGAAGGUCGCAAAAGUGGAUUACAUGACCUCUCGGGACGCUACAGCCAUCAUCAAUGUGAGCCAGUUGCCAAAUGUCCGAAUGUAAAUCAACCUGACCCAUGGGGGAUGCUACAAGGGUGAAAAAACGGGUCCUCGGUUACUUUUUUCAGUGCCGGUCACUAAACGAACAGUUGUAAGUUGAGGACUACUUGGAUUUGAUUUCCUUUGUGCGGCUUGAAAGGGACGAGAGGGAUGUUCUGCUAAACAAGAAAAGAAGGAAAGAUAACUUCAGUUUCCUCCUUUUGCAAAUGUUUUGGGUGCCAUUUCGUGGAGACGGUCUCUCGGUGACCAAACCGCAGGACAAACAAAAAAACAAAAAAAACGAAGUGGGGAUGAUGAGCGCCGUAGCCCACCCACCAUUGUCGAAAUAAAAGGAUUUCAAAUCCC